UGGGUGAGGCCCGGAACCUCAUCCCCAUGGACCCCAAUGGGCUGUCGGACCCCUACGUGAAGCUGAAGCUCAUCCCGGACCCCAAGAACGUGAGCAAGCAGAAAACCCGGACUGUGAAAUCCACUCUGAACCCUGUGUGGAACGAGACCUUCCUAUUCACGCUGAGGCCGGGAGACGUGGAGCGGCGGCUGUCCGUCGAGGUGUGGGACUGGGACCGCACCUCACGCAAUGACUUCAUGGGAGCCAUGUCCUUCGGCGUGUCGGAGCUGCUCAAGGGACACGCAGACGGAUGGUACAAGUUACUCAACCAGGAGGAGGGGGAGUAUUACAAUGUCCCCGUGGCUGAUGCCGAAAAUUGUGGGCUGCUGCAGAAAUUUGAGGCCUGUAACUACCCCCUGGAGCUGUACCAGGUAACGCCUGGGGCGCGGGGGG